GAGCAUUUUGGCCAUUUAACUAUAACAUUUCAGGAGGUUGAAGGUUUGAACCCUUUAGUCCUUCAUCCCGCGCGUAUUAAGUACUAGUAGUUUUUUUUUCUCCCACCCGCUGCAUCCGUUACUUCUUCUUCCUUAUCAAUAGUAGUCUUCUUAGCUCCGGCAAUGGCCGCAGGCGGCUGGUCCCUUAAAAAAGACUCACCGCCGGCCCGGACAUUCUCACAUGGUAGUUACACACUCUCAUCUGCCGCAAUGGCCACUGGCCCCACCGCCUGCCCACCAUAUAUAUUCCAUGAAAUAAGCUUGUUGGACCCCAUCUCCCAUCUCUCUCCUUUUAUCUUCUUUCCUCCCCUGCCCCUUUAUAUAUCUCUUCAUCUUCUUUCCAUUUUUUUUCCAUCAAAAAACAACACAACAAAUCACCUCGGACCACAUUGCCAUUAUCUCCGCGGCUUGUUGUUAUUAGCAUCCAAGAAUUCACACAAUUUCUUCUAUUCAAAGGCGAAAACGAAGGGAAAUUCAAUAAAAACGAUCAUGUUGCGCUGCGUGCCCACAUCGUCGCCGGAGAAUUUCUCGGCCGAGAUGAUCGGUGCUGAUAUGAGUGUCCUGGAAAGACAGAGAGCCCUGUUGCAGCGCCUUUACCAAGAGCAACAGUUUCUGAAUUCGCCUUCUUCUUCUUCUUCUCCUUCAGGGGGAAACACAUUAAUGCCUCUGUUUCAUUGCCAGAAUUUCAUGACUUCUUCUCUCCCCAUUCACCCUUCCAUUGAAGACAAUUCCCAGAAUUUUGGGUUCGCUUGCUCGGAAGUUACGACUACUACGAAUGUUUCUGCUAAUUCUUCCCGGGAUCAUCAUCAUCAACAGAUUUCCACUACCAAGAAAAGAAAAGCCCAGUUUGAAGAGGAAGGUAACUUCAAGGAUAAAAGGGCUGAAGGAGGAGAGGCUGGAGAGGUGGAAUCAGGGAUUACUGUGAAAAUGGAGAAGGAAAAUUCAGGGAGAAAUAAUUCCAGGGAAAAUUCCAAGACGACAUCAGAUGUAGUUCAGAAGACUGAAUACAUUCAUGUCAGAGCUCGACGUGGUCAGGCCACUGAUAGUCAUAGCUUAGCUGAAAGAGCCAGAAGGGAAAAGAUUAGCAAGAAGAUGAAAUGUUUACAAGAUUUAGUUCCAGGAUGCAACAAGGUUACAGGAAAGGCUGGCAUGCUCGAUGAAAUUAUUAACUAUGUCCAAUCUCUUCAGAAACAAGUAGAGUUUCUUUCAAUGAAAUUGGCUGCUUUGAAUCCACGUCUUGACUUCAACAUUGACAAUUUCUUCGCAAAAGAGGUAAAUUAUAUAGAUACAUUCAUAGAUUUCAUUUGUUUUAAUGUCUAAUUAUAUCAAGCUAACUUGAGCAAAUUCAACAACACAGAUUCCAGCUUACAUGUCUGGAUUUCCGACAUCGGUAACACCUAUGGAAGUGGUCCAUUCAGCCCUGGUUCAGUACAAUCAAGGGCAACAAGAAUCUUCCAGUUCUGGGCUCGAUUUAGCAACUAACAAUCCUACUCAUCAUCAAAUGCUUCCACAAAAAACUGCAACAUCAUCUAUGUUAUUCCCAGAAGCAUAUCUCGAUUCACUUUCCAGCCUCUCUGUACGUAAAAAAUUCAAUCAUCAAUAUUCCAUACAAAUUGGGGUCAUUUUUGUUCCGAAACCAGAUGGUUGAAUUUUCUUUCAUUGAUUGUGCAAUUUGCAGCAAAUUCAGCAGUUGUCAAAUUUGGACAGUGACUGGCAGAGCCUAUUCAGUGUCGGCUUUCAUUAAGGAUGGUUGAUCAGUUCGGUCUCACUUUACGUUUAAGGUAAGAAUUACUUCUGCAAUUAUUAUUUCAACGUGGUCCAUUUCCAUCAAGAUUUUCAUCUUGACAAUAAAAUACUUAACCUCAAUACUUUUUUUUUCACUGCAGGCUAGGUAGCAACAAUUACAGAUUGAUCGCGGUACUUUCUUCACCAGCUAAGCUAGCAUUUGUUAUGGUAUACUAUAUAGAAAUGAAGCAGAAAGCAGAGGCCGGCUUAAGAGAUUAAAAAGUGCCUAAUUUUUAUUUUGAUUUUUUUGGGUAGUAAAAUUAACUACAUCAUCAGAGGGAUUUUUUCUUAUGUAAUAUGAAUUGGCAGAGGAAUUAAUUAUUUUCUUGUAUAGUAGUAGUAGUGAUUAAUAACACUUCAUCAUUUAUAAAAAAAAUUCUAUAAAUAUUUCUAUUAAUAGAGAUCGAUCACGAUGCUAGGCACUUUAUAUAAUUGUCAAUCCAGUUGCAUGAUGAAGACUGUACACAAACUUUUAUUGAUUAUAGGCUUAAAAAAAAAAAAGAGAUCUUGAUGAAGAUUACAACAGGACCACUUGAAAACCAAACCAUUAGGCAAAAGCAAAAAACAAAAAACAACCAAACUGGGGCAAACUUCUUCUAUCUUCCCAACUCUUAAUCUUCCAAACCAGAGAGAAAGAAAGAAAGGAGUUAAGGUUGUGAUGGGGAAAGGGGGUAAGGUAUUACAGUUGGGAAAAAACUUAAAAACUUUAGAAGCAGAGUGGUGUGGUGGGUCAAAAUGAACUAAAGUGGUGGGGGACAAGAUGAAUGAAAAAGAAAGAUGAAGAAGGAAAGAUCACUGUUUUUUUUUUCUUUUUUUUUCCCUUUCUUUCUUUUGGGAAUGGUGGUCCAGUUUGUAAGGUCUUCUCUUAGUUUUGUAGUAUUUUGUAAAAAAUGGGUUUUUUUUAGGGCUAUGAAUUGUGAUUGUGAGUGGGUUUCCUUGAGAUAAAAGGGGCAGGUACCCAACGGACUGAUAGAGCCAAGAUUGAAGGAGUUGAGACUUACGACAGUGUGGGUGUGGUUUUUGUUUCACGAAUUUGGUUUUAGGAACGAUCAUUGAACUUCUUACACCUUUUUUUUUUUUUUUUAUCAGGGAAGGAUGAUUGAACUUACACUUUUUGUUACAC